AUGCAACUCAUCUCGACACUAAAGACUGUCACCGACAGCGAAGACCAAGGCUCACAAAUCACCUUCGACGAUUGCGCAACCAAGAUACUCGGACUCAAAUGGCUCCCUCAAGAAGAUACCUUUGCAUUCUCACCCCGAAGCUCUCGCUCGGAAGGCAGACUCACAAAACGCCUCGUCUUAUCUGAAGUGGCUCAGAUAUUCGAUCCACUUGGCUUUGCAUCACCCGUCGUGAUCAAGGCCAAAAUUCUCUUGCAGGAGCUGUGGCUGCACAAGCUCCAAUGGGAUGAUCCACUGCCAUCCCAGCUCUCAGCCCGGUGGCUCAUCAUCAGAGAAGAACUCACAAGCUUGGCCAAGCUCUCAAUACCACGGUGGCUCAACACGUGGAGCGACUCGCAAGUGGAACUUCAUGGAUUCUCUGAUGCUUCCCAAUUGGCAAUGGCUGCAGUCAUAUACAUAUCCGUUCACGACUCAAACGGCGCCACGUUUUCACUUGUGUGCUCCAAGAAUAAGGUAGCACCUCUCCAGCGGCUCUCAAUCCCGCGACUUGAAUUCAAGAGUGAUCUACUGCUCUCUCGACUCAUGCAAUACGUCAAAGCCACUUUGAACAUGGACGUAACGGCAACUCACAUGUGGACGGAAUCUCUAGUGACACUUUCAUGGAUCACCUCUGUGAAAGGUUCAUGGAUCAGAUCUCAUGCAUCACGCUGGAAGGAUUUUGUCAGGAACCGGGUGGCUCAAAUUCGAGAACUCACUCCAGCUGCUCACUGGAGAUACAUACCUGGAAUUUCCAACCCGGCUGAUUGCGCAUCACGAGGCCUCACGACCACACAACUUCAAAACCACGCACUCUGGUGGACGGGACCACCAUGGAUAAUCAAUUCAGACUCAUGGCCGUCGCAACCAGCACUCUCUGACGAGAUGAGUGCUACAGAAGCUCGCCCAGGCGUUUCGCUAUUGACGGUUACGCCAAAGGCUGAAUAUCAAUGGGACCUCAUCCACAGGUACUCAAACCUCACUAAACUAUUGAGGAUUACAGCUCUCUGUUUCAGAUUCGUCUCACGGUUGAGGAAAGUCCACGACUCAUGGCCUGUCAGCUCUCCAGAGACCUUGGAGAAAGCGAGGCUCUUCUGGAUUCAGGCCACUCAAGCAACGUACUUCUUGCACGAGCUCAAGGCAUUACAGGCAGACUCCCCGUUGGCGAAGGCACACGCAUUCAACAGAUUGACUGCGUACAUCGACGCUCAAGGAGUUAUUCGCGUCGGCGGACGACUCGCUCACGCAGCUCUCGUAUUCGAUGCGACACAUCCUGUAAUCUUGCCUCGUCACUCUCAGCUGUCGUCACUUAUCAUCGCUCACGCCCAUCAACGGACUCUACAUGGAGGCACGCAACUUACGCUGUCGCACAUCCGAAAACGAUACUGGAUUCUCGGCGGAAGGGCUCCUGUCAAGUCUCACAUUCUGCG